AUGUUCACGGUCUUUCGAUUCUUCAGUGGACUCGGCAGUUGGGCCUUCCUGGUCAUCACACCCGUCUACUGCUCGGAGUUGGCCCAGCCACAAUACCGUGGUCUUAUGGUCGGCAUGAACGGGGUCAUGAUUGGCCUGGGCUACUCCAUCGCGUCUUAUAUUGGGCUCGGAUUUUUCUUCUCCACCAAUGCUACGGCACAAUGGCGAGCACCUCUGGGAUUGGCCCCUUUCUUUCCCAUCCUCAUGUUCAUAGUCCUAUUUUUCAUUCCCGAGUCACCUCGCUAUUUACUGAUGCAUAACCGUACGGAUGAAGCGUGGAAGGUGGUUUCAAAGCUGCAUGCCACGCCCGGAGAUCCUCAGCAAGAGUUUGCCAGAUCCGAGUUCUAUCAGAUGCAAAAGCAAAGCGAUGCUGAUCGGGAGAUGGACACAUCUUGGAAAAUGAUCUUUACGAGACCAUCAUAUCGCAAACGCAUGCUUAUUGGCAUGGGGUUCGCAUUUUUUGGACAAAGCACGGGUGCUUUCGUGGUCAACAACUACGCGACCGUCAUUUACAGUUCUAUGGGAUUCGGUGCAAAGGAUCAGCUGAUCCUGGCUUGUGGCUGGAUCUCAGUGAGUAUCUUUGGCAACUUGGGAGGGGCCCUCGUCGUGGAUCGUCUCGGACGCAAGCCACUCAUGUUGUGGGCCUUCAUUGGUUGCUGUUGCUGUUUAACACUGGAAGCUGCAAUGGUGGCUAGGUAUGCCGCGGAAGGGACGAACAAAGUCGGCCUGGGCUUUGCCCUUUUUGCCAGCUACAGCUUUUCAGUCUUCUAUACACCGGGCAUCGACUGCAACAACGCCAUAUUCUUGGGAGAGUUGUUUCCAAAUCACAUUCGUGCCAAGGGCGUGACGCUGUGCCUGGUCGUGUACGCUUGCAUUGAUCUCGUCUAUCUGCAAGUCGCGCCCACAGCCUUCGAGCGCGUGGGAUGGAAGUUCUAUCUGCUGUUUAUCAUCUUGUGCGCCAUCGGGGCUGUGUGGGCAUGGCUGUUCGUUCCAGAGACGAAAGGUGUUCCCUUGGAGGAGAUGGCUGCCAUAUUUGGAGAUCCCGAGGACGUUGUCAUCUAUCUGCGGGAAGUCCACGUCGAUCACACCAAUAACGAGUUGGUUGUGGAGCCGCAUGCGGACGACGAGAAGGCGUCCAUACAGAGAGUCGAAGAGUCUCACGUGCACAAUCAACCUCAAGGCGCUGGCACGUUGGAAGCCUAG